AUGUCUAUUGUUAAAACACAGCAGGAGAAUGUGAGAGGGCAUGAGAAAACCCUUGGAUGGAUAUUAAGAUAUAAUAUUAUCAAAAACUCAAUUGGAGAUGUGCAUAAUCAAACAUUUUACCUCCUCUAUGAAAUAAAUUUACUUCUAUCGUUUGGCGGAGACGCAGAAAAGCUUCUAGCACUACCAUAUCUGGUGAAGCAACAAAAGUCUAUACAGAAAACGACAGAAAAUAUCCGAACGAGGCCUGCCUCUGAUUCUUCGUCCAAUGAUCGGUCCUCAUUUGUAGAUUCUGAUUCUUCAAGGUCUGCUAGCUCAGAAUUAAUUGGCUCCCAAGAGAGGAAAGAAAUGAGUAACAUUUAUUACAAUGAAGGAGAGUUUCAGCUAAGUCGACAACUGGAAAAGAGGAAAGCUCGAAUUGUGACCGAUGAAGAAAAUUCACUUGAAAAUAUAUAUUGCAACGAGGAAUCUUAUGAAGAAACCUUGGUACAGAUGCGGAAUCCGACUAACAAGGAUACAAAAGAAAUCACUGAAAAGAUUUGUCAGUUUGAUACGGAAACAAGAAUCACUGGAAUGAUAGUGUUGGGUGAUAUCAUCGUUAUAGCCAGUCAAAGUGCUGGAGAGUGUACAGGAUAUGGAACACAAGGAGACCGAAUGUGGAAAAUCAGUGAAAAAUUAGACGGACCAUUUGACUUAGACUCAUACAAAGAUAGCAAUGACAAACAUCUGCUCUUUAUUUCUGAUCCUGGGAAAAGAGAGGAAUCAGUAAGUGCAGUCAGAGUAUAUAAACGAGGAAAAAACAACAGAUACACCUAUUUAACGUGUUUUACAAAAGAAUGCAUUCGCCCUAAAGGAAUUUGUGCGUUUGCUGGGAGAGUGUACCUCUGUGAGCCUCAGAGUAAAGAAGUCACAGAAUAUCAGAUAUGCGAUAAUUUUACCGGAAAAAUUGUAAGAAGAUAUAAUGAAAAAGGAAUGCUUAAGGAACCAAUGUACAUUACAGCCCAAGUUAUUCAUGAUAGAAUGUUUUUGCUGGUUUCUGAUAAACACAUGGGACUAAAGCGAUUGCUUAAAGGGGAGGAGAAUAACAUAAAUCCAGGUUGGUCAGUUACCAAAGAAGACACAUUUACUCCUUCAAAGUGUUUUGUCAACGAAAAUAAAAACAAUAAGGAAGUGUUUGUCGGUAAUACUACCGGAAGAAAGUUACACCUCAUAAACUUUGAACCUCGUCAAAUUAGCCAUACAGAUUAUGAUUUGGACGAUUCCUGUAGUGGUCCCAUAGCAGUCUUAAUGAAUGAAAACAGCCAGAUGAUAGUAGGUUGCAAAGAUGGAACUGUUAUUAUCUUUGAAGUCGUUGAAGUGAAAGAAAUGAAAAGUAUUAAAUCAUCUACAGCGAAUGAUGAGGAAAAUUUAUAUGAACCUUUGACAACUGUUUCUUGGCCAAGCGCUAAGAACUUUGAAGUGAAAGUCAAGGGUCUUUCGGAUGGAACCUUAAAUACUGAGGGAGGCGUUGACACGAUCCCUCACUCCUCAACGGCCUUUAGUGUCGAAUAA